UUGCCCGCACUUGCCCGGCGCUUGUUCUCGCCUCCCGUAUUAAUUUGGACGUCAUUUCCCUGAGUCGGACUCCGUGUUGAAGGUGUUGACGGAGAAUAGAGGCAUGAGAUGUAACAGAACGGCAAGACAGAUAGCAAACUAGCUAGCUGCCGGUUAGAUCCCUCUGGACACAUAGAGCGUGUAAACCUUAGUCCAUACGGCUUCCGAUCCGAGAAAACACCGCAGUUAGGAGUGCAAGGUAUAUAGAUAAUUUUGUUGUCAGUGUGCAAAUCUGGACAAUAAAUUGACGCUAGGCUAAUGAGGAAGGCGGUUUAUUUACCAUAAUUCCGUGGCAAUCAAUUAAAUCGCUAGAUACAUAAGCACUGAAGUAGGCAAGAAUUCAUUCCUGUCAUGGAAGGAGACAGGAGGUGGGCCUGCUUUAGCUCUUUCCACAACGAUACAUGCUGCCGUCUGUCCCAGUUUGGUCCCCCCGGAGCGGUGCCAAAAAGUCAGCUACUGGUUUUGACUGCGAUCUUUUUGUUUUUUGGACUGCCAUGCCCAUCCGAGGCGAAGGAAUGCGACAAACCAUGCUUGAACGGACAGUGCAGUCUGGCAAGCGGCAGUUGCUUGUGCGAUCCCGGCUGGGUUGGGGAGCAGUGCCAGCAUUGCGGGGGACGUUUCAGACUGACUGACCCCUCUGGGUUCCUAACUGACGGACCAGGGAACUACAAGUACAAGACCAAGUGCACCUGGCUAAUCAAGGGACAGCCAAACACCGUCCUGCAUCUGCGGUUCAACCACUUUGCCACAGAGUGCAGCUGGGACCACCUGUAUGUUUACGACGGAGACUCCAUCUAUGCACCGCUGCUGGCCGCCUUCAGCGGUGUGAUUGUGCCAGAGCAUGACACCAAUGAGAUGGUCCCUGAGGUGACAUCGCUGUCUGGGUACACCCUGCUCCACUUCUUUAGCGAUGCAGCAUACAACCUCACUGGGUUCAACAUCUCCUACAGGAUCAACAGCUGUCCCAGCAGCUGCUCUGGGCAUGGCGAGUGCCGGCUGAGCAGCCCUGGUGGGGCAGUGCGCUGCUCCUGUGCACAGGGAUGGAGGGGUGAGGCCUGCGACUCCCCCUAUUGUGUCUCUGACUGUGGCUUCCCUGAGCGCGGCAUCUGUGAGCCCAGCGGCACCAGGGGAUGCGUUUGCCAUCAGGGCUGGCAAGGUCCUGACUGCUCUGCUCCUGUGCCAACGAACCGCUCCUUCUGGACCCGGCAUGAGUACCCCAUGCAUGGCCUGGGCCGGACUUCCCACAAGGCCGUGGUGCACGACAACAUCAUGUGGGUCAUUGGUGGCUAUAUGUUCAACCACUCGGACUACCAGAUGGUCAAAGCGUACAACCUGAGCUCCCAGAGGUGGCUCCCGCUGGAUCGCUCGGCCAAUGGCAUCACAGGCCGCUAUGGACACUCGCUGGUCUUGCACGAGCACAAGAUGUACAUGUAUGGGGGGAAGAAUGACUUAACGGGUAACAUCUCCAGCCAACUGUGGGUGUUCCAUGUGCGUAACCAGUCGUGGGCACUGGUGAGCCCACGGGCCAAGGAGCAGUAUGCCGUGGUGGGGCAUUCCGCCCAUGUGGUGCAGCUGGCAUUGGACAUAUCCGUCAUGCUGGUGAUCUUCGGCCACUGCCCGCUGUACGGUUACAUCAGCAAGGUGCAGGAGUACAACAUUGCUACCAACACCUGGCAGGUCCUGAAGACGGGCGGUGCCCUGGUGCAGGGCGGGUACGGCCAUAGCAGUGUGUACGACCCGAAAACCCGAGCUGUCUACAUCCACGGAGGUUACAAGGCCUUCAGCACCAACAAGUAUGGGCUGGCGGACGAGCUGUACAAAUACAAGGUGGACACCCGCACAUGGACAAUCAUGAAGAACAGCGGCUUCUACCGCUACCUGCACUCGGCUGUCAUCAUGAGUGGCACCAUGCUGGUGUUUGGAGGGAACACACACAACGACACCUCCAUGAGCCACGGCGCCAAGUGCUUCUCCUCUGACUUUAUGGCCUACGACCUGGCCUGUGACGAGUGGUCGGUGCUGCCCAGACCAGAUCUUCACCACAAUGUUAACCGCUUUGGACACUCGGCUGUUCACAGCAACGGUGUAAUGUACGUGUUCGGAGGUUUCAACAGUCUUCUUCUGAGUGAUGUUUUAAAGUUCACUCUGGCCAGCUGCUCGGCCUUUUCCAACAAUUCAUCCUGCCGUUUGGCCUCAGCGGGGGUCCGAUGUCUGUGGAACAGCAGCCUGGAGGCGUGCCUGCCUGGGGAGACUGCUGGCCCUCUCCAGGCCCUGGCCUCCUGCCCUCCCAGAACACAUGCAGACACAGAGAAGUGCAAUCAGUACAACGACUGCUACAGCUGCACGACCAACACAAAUGGCUGCCAGUGGUGCUCUGAGCAGUGCAUCUCCACAAGCAGCAACUGUACCUCUGCCACGGGGCCGGUUAUGGUGUAUGAGUCUUGCCCCAAAGAUAAUCCUGCAUAUGUGUGCAACAAGAAGACCAGCUGCAAGAGCUGCAGCAUGGACCAGAACUGCCAGUGGGAGCCACGAAACCAGGAGUGCAUUUCCCUGCCAGAAAACAUCUGCGGAGAGGCCUGGCACUUGGUGGGGAACUCGUGCCUCAAGUUCAUCACGGCAAAAGACUCGUAUGACAACGCCAAGCUGACCUGCCGCAGCCACAAUGCCGUUCUGGCCUCUCUCACCACACAGAAGAAGGUGGAGUUCGUCCUCAAGGAGCUGCAGAUCAUGGCUGUACUGUACAAGGCCCCAAUAACACCGUGGGUGGGGCUGAGGAAGAUCAACAUCUCGUACUGGUGCUGGGAGGACAUGUCUCCUUUCACCAACACAUCCCUGCAGUGGCUGCCAGGCGAGCCCAGUGACGCCGGCUUCUGUGGCUACCUGGCUGAACCCACGCCCAGUGGCCUGAAGGCUGCCACUUGUGUUCACUCUGUCAACGGCAGCGUCUGUGAGCGCCCAGCCAAUCACAGCAUAAAGCAGUGUCGCACGCCCUGUGCAUUGCGCUCCUCCUGUGGCGAGUGCACCAGCAGCAGCUCGGAAUGUAUGUGGUGCAGCAACAUGAAGCAGUGUGUGGACUCCAACGCAUAUGUGGCCUCCUUCCCCUUUGGACAGUGCAUGGAGUGGUACACCCUGAACAGCUGUCCACCCGAGAACUGCUCGGGCUACCGCACGUGUGGCGAGUGCCUGGACCAGCCGGGCUGUGGGUGGUGCACGGACCCCAGUAACACGGGGAGGGGCCAGUGCAUUGAGGGCUCCUACCGCAGGCCUUUCCAGGCCCCCUGCCCUACCUCCACGCAGGAGGACGACAACACUGCCGUUGUCCACGGGCGCACAGGUCCUCACACCUGGUCCUUCAUCCACUGUCCCGCAUGCCAGUGUAAUGGCCACAGCAAUUGUGUUAACCAGAGUGUGUGUGAGAAGUGUCAGGACCUGACCACUGGGAGGCACUGUGAGAGCUGCGUCUCCGGUUUCUAUGGAGAUCCCACAAAUGGAGGCACCUGCCAGCCCUGCAAGUGCAAUGGCCAUGCCAGCCUGUGUAACCCCAGCAACGGGAAGUGCUUCUGCACCACCAAGGGCAUCAAAGGAGACCGGUGUCAUCUGUGUGAGGUAGAGAAUCGUUACCAAGGCAACCCUCUCAAAGGCACUUGCUACUACACUCUUCUGAUUGACUACCAGUUCACCUUCAGCCUGUCCCAGGAGGAUGACCGCUACUACACUGCCAUCAACUUCGUAGCCACACCUGAGGAGCAAAACCGUGACCUGGACAUGUUCAUCAAUGCAUCAAAGAACUUCAACUUGAACAUCACCUGGGCCACAAGCUUUGCAGCAGGCACCCAGGCUGGAGAGGAGGUCCUUAUCGUGUCCAGGAGAAACAUCAAAGAGUCCAAGGACAGCUUCUCUAAUGAGAGAUUUGACUUCCGCAGCAACCCAAACAUCACCUUCUAUGUGUAUGUCAGCAACUUCACCUGGCCCAUUAAGAUUCAGAUUGCCUUCUCCCAGCACAGUAACUUCAUGGACCUUGUGCAGUUCUUUGUCACCUUUUUCAGCUGCUUCCUGUCACUGCUGCUGGUGGCUGCUGUGGUGUGGAAGAUCAAGCAGAGCUGCUGGGCAUCACGCCGACGUGAGCAACUUCUGCGUGAGAUGCAGCAGAUGGCCAGCCGCCCUUUUGCCACUGUCAACAUUGCCUUGGAGAUGGACGAACAGCCGCCUGACCUGAUUGGAGGAAGCCUUAAGACAGUCCCCAGGCCCAUUGCACUGGAGCCCUGCUUCGGGAACAAGGCCACUGUGCUGUCCAUCUUUGUCCGGCUGCCCAGGGGGUCGGGGGGUGUCCCCCCGCCUGGCCAAUCUGGUCUGGCUGUAGCCAGUGCUCUGGUUGAUGUGUCUCAGCAGAUGUGUUUGGCCUACAAGGAGAAGUCUGGAGGUGUGAGGAACCGCAAGCACCAGCCAACAGCACAGCCAGCCACCUGCAUCUGAUCCUCCUCCAGUCCCUCCCACAUCAGGGGCCUACAGAUAGGGGCAGGGGGAGGGCUGUGUGGGAGGACCACCCCGUAUAGCAAGGGCCUGUUGUAGGAGCAUGGCUGUGUGCAGAGAUUGAUAAGAAAUCAGCUGGGUAGAGAGGUGAAACUGGGACUCCACAGUGGACUGGUGACAUCCAAGGCAUAAGACUGCAUUGGAUGGACAGAACGAACCCUGAAGUCUGAACCCUGUUUGCAUCUGGAAGGUGCUGUAGCUGAGCUGCUACUUGGCUGUGCUCCCAGGGGGUUUUCACCCUUGGAACUCCUUCCGUCUUCUUUCUGCGGCCUUUUCUCCUGUCAUUUAUCUGCAUAAUGCUUUCCUUUAUUUAUUCUGUUUUACCAUUAUGAGAAAUGGCAUAAUUCACCUUGAUUUGUUACGGACACUGUUCCCCAAGAACAGGAGCUGUCCCAGCAGAACAGUGAUCAUGGCCAUGGGUGUUGUCUGUGGAACAGAUCCCAUGGCCCAGGUCUUGCAAUUGGCCAGUGAGACGGAAGAUGCUCAGUCAGAUUUCAUGCUCGUGCUGCAGUCCUUGGUACUUCAAUCUGCAGCCAGCUUUCAGCAGACUGAGGUGCGAGGGAGAGAGAAACAAACAAACCUUUAAUUACAGGUCCAAGUGCACAGGCAAAGUCGUAAUGAAAAAA